GACAUUCACGUAUCUUCAACGUCUCUCUCUAUCUUUCUCUCCCCCUCUGUGUCCGAAAACCUUUGGCACCGCCAUCAAUGGCGCAGAAGCGAAAGCUCCGAGUCCUCAUGAGCAUCCUCAGGGACAAGGUCUCCAUCAUCAAAGCCACCCUCUCCCUCAAGCGCACCGCUGCCUCAUCCGUCCGCCUCACCGUCCUGCGCGCCACCGCCGCCGCCCCCUCCGACGCCGCCCCCUCGGAGGACCGCCUCGCCGCCGUCCUCCUGCUCGGCCGCGGGUGCCGCAUCACCGCGCGCUCGUGCGUCGCGGCCCUCAUGGACCGCCUCCACAGCGCCGCCGACGCCGCCGUCGCCCUCAAGUGCCUCGUCGCGCUCCACCGCGUCUUCACGCAGGGCACCUUCGUCCUCCGAGGCCAGAUGUCCUUCUUCCCCGGCAAUGGCGGUCGCAAUUACCUCAACCUGUCGAGGUUCCGCGACGACUCGGACCCGGAGGCCUGGGAAUUGUCGUCGUGGGCGCGAUGGUACGCGGAAUUCUUGGAGCAGACCCUGAUCGCCUCGCGGCGAGUCGGGUUCUAUCUGUGUGGCUCUGGCUCGCCCCGCCGCUGCUCGACCGGGGACCAGGUUGAGAAGGUCCCGGCGUCUUCCAACUCGGAGUUGUUGAUUGAACUCGAGGCGUUGUCGAGCGUUCUCGAGCGGGUGGUCGAGGCGCCCAAGCACUCGGAGCAACUCCGGUCGAACGAUCUCGUGCACGAGGUGGUCAGGUUGGUGCGCGAGGACUACGGGGCGACCCGGUCCGAGAUCUCGCCGCGGCUCGCCGGGCUCGAGGAGAGGCUGAACGGCCUGAGCUCCUCCGAGCUUACUCAGCUCGCGACAGUGUUGACCAGGCUGGACAGUUGCAAGGACAGGCUGAUUUCGGUGUUCGGGAACAGGAAAAACAACGACGGGCUGUGGGAUUCCGUCGCGGAUCUGAAGACGAAGGCGUCAGCGGAGGAGGAGAGGAGACAAGGGUGGAGAUUGGUGAAGAAGGAAACCAAGGUCGACGCGGCCGAGUUGGCUCUGCUCAUAGGACGAUUCACGGAGUCAAGAAAGCUCUACGCGGCUCCGUCUCCGUCGGCCGCUAGCGGCGAUGGAUUCAGGGGGCUGGACUUGGUUCCCGUAACGGUCUCGACCGUAGGGUGACGUGUAGGCCACAGCGGGCAAGAGUUGGAAAUUUGUCCUUUUAUAGUAAAUUCCUGCACAAAAGACCGCAAACGUUGUAUAGCAAAAUACAAAGGGAGCUAAUGUUUUGUAGUUAACAAUUCCACAGGUAAUUUCUCCAGAUCAAACUUAGAUUUGUUUUCCUUUUUUAGAGUGCAUCGCAAAUCAUAAUAACACAGCUGUAAUUUUCCUGUUUCUUUGCACUAUUUUAGAUUGGAUUCUUCACGGUUUCUACGUGGAAUCAUUAUCUACGUUAUUCGUUAGGUUUAUUUGUAAUAUCAUGGUAUUGUGAAAUUUCGUUUCCUAGAUUUCUCCGA